CAGUCUCGGGGAUCUGGCUCAGGGGGCGGGUCUACGGUAGGAGGGGACGCGCUGCCUGUGGUGCGGCCUGAAGUCAUCCGCGGCGCGGCUGCCAGAGGCGCUAUUGCCACCACUCCAUCUCCCUGGAUAAGGAGGGGAGGAUGGAGCCAGUGACCGUCGCUACCGACGGGGGGGACCGCCCUGGGUCCCCUGCGGCCUCAAGCUUGUCGGCUUCCCAGCGUCGGGCCGAGCUGCGGCGGAGGAAGCUGCUCAUGAACUCGGAACAGCGCAUCAACCGAAUCAUGGGCUUUCACAGGCCCGGGAGCGGCGCUGAAGAAGAAAGUCAAACAAAAUCAAAGCAGCUGGACAGUGAUAAACUGAAUUCCCUCACCGUUCCUUCAGUUUCAAAGCGAGUAGUGCUAGGUGAUUCAGUCACUACAGGAACAACUGACCAGCAGGGUGGUGUGGUUGAAGUAAAGGGGACUCAACUGGGAGACAAACUGGACUCUUUCAUGAAACCAUCUGAGUGCAGCAAUGAUGUCAACAUUGAGCUCCAGCAGCGGAACAGAGAGGACCUGACAGCAGACACUGUCCAGGGGGCUUCUCGCCAUGGCUUAGAACAGUACCUCUCCAGAUUUGAAGAAGCAAUGAAGCUAAGGAAACAGCUGAUUAGUGAGAAACCCAGUCAAGAGGAUGGAAGUACAGCAGAAGAAUUUGACUCUUUUCGAAUAUUUAGAUUGGUGGGAUGUGCUCUUCUUGCCCUUGGAGUCAGGGCUUUUGUUUGCAAAUAUUUGUCCAUAUUUGCUCCGUUUCUUACUUUACAACUUGCAUACAUGGGACUAUACAAAUAUUUUCCCAAGGGUGAAAAGAAGAUAAAGACAACAGUACUAACCGCUGCACUUCUGUUAUCUGGAAUUCCUGCUGAAGUGAUAAACCGAUCAAUGGAUACCUAUAGCAAAAUGGCCGAAGUCUUCACAGAUCUCUGUGUCUACUUUUUCACUUUUAUCUUUUGUCAUGAACUGCUUGAUUAUUGGGGCUCAGAAGUACCUUGAAGCCUGCAGAAGCCUGCAGAAGGAGAAGUUUACAGUAAACAAUUUCUUUUCUAUAUUGCAGUAUCUCUAAAGGAGGCAAACUGGUUACACCUUUAUGUAAUUCUUUUACUUUACAGGGAUUGUAAAAUCACUUGAUUAGGAAUGGAAUGUCAGGUUCCCUGAUUUAAAAGGGUUGAGUUUGUAUUAGUACUGAUGUGAAGAAUAGAAUACUGAUGUCAUUGAUUUUUCUUUUUUAAUUAGAAUCUCUACUCUUUACGUUUCCCAUACCUUCUCAGAUUUGUAAUUUCUCUUUUAGGGGCUGAGCUAGUGCUUUUAGGAGGGCAGAUAAACAUGGCCUCAGCUAGCCCUAAGAACUGUUUCUUGUAUUUGUGUUGUUCUGAGAAAUGGAGUCAUCUUAAAAAUAAAGAAACUGAAUUGUGUAAUGUUAAGUCUGAACAUUAUCACUUAUAAGGACUGAAUAAGGUAGGCAGUCUUUUCUUGUUGAGUCAGUAUCCUAAUUUUUACUCCAGCACAAAUAUUAUUUAAUGGAAGAAAUGCUUCAGAUUCAUAUGUGUGAAAUUAGAAGGUAUGUAUAAAAUUUUUAUUUGCUAUAUGCUAAACUCAGAAUUGGAAAGAGUUUUCAAUUUUCAGAAGUAUGUUUUUAAAGCAAACUAGAGCAGUGAUUAAAUUUAAAACUGGGAUCUGAAGAAGUAACUGAGGUAUACAAUCCAAUAGUAUAAAUAUGCUUUUAAUUAACAUGGUAACACUGUCAUAUUUGGAAGACGUGUCUUAUAAAAAUACCAUGGCAGGGCAUCUGACCUCUAACUUCACAAGGGGGCAAGAGAAUCAAGAUCA